AUGCUUGUUGCUUUUCUGUUGGUCGGGCUGGGACUGGCCUCCCCGCCGCGGACCGUCCGAGCUGUCCUCUCCACCGACUCCUACCGAUCGAGCCCCGGGUCCGUGGUCGGCGGGGGCUCGGCAUACGACUACGCGCCCAGCAUCAUGUUGGACGGCGUGUACAAGAUGUGGUGGUGCGGCCAGGUGCCCGGACAACCGGUUGCCGGCGACAGCAUCCUCUAUGCAGAGUCGUCCAGCCUCGACGGCCCGUUCCACGCGCGCGGCAGCGCGGCCUCGCACCAGGUCGUGUUUGGGGGAACCGGCAGCGGAAGCUUUGACAACGAGCAUACUUGCGACCCGUCCGUCGUCCGCGUCAGCGGAACGUACUACAUGUACUAUGGCGCCGAAAGACACGACGGUGAGCCCACGACGAUUGGCGUUGCGUCCAGCCCCGACGGCAUCUCCUGGGCGAGGCUCAACAGUGGCCAGCCCAUCAUCACGCCCGCGAACCAGCAGAAUACCGGCAACACGUACGGAGCGGGCCAGCCGAGCGUCGUCUACCGCGGCGGCCGGUUCCACCUCAUCUUCACCGACACCACCGGCGCCGGGGCACUGGGCAACGGCGCCGGACAGUUCGCCUGGCGGUCGCCCGAUCCGACGUUUCAGCGGGACGUCGACGUCUUUACCGCCUCUGGCUGGCAGCCCAAGACGGACGCCAACUCGCGCGGCUUCUCGGUCGCCAAUGCCUUUUCUGCGGACUGGCAGUUCUCCGACGCCCUCGACGCCUUCAUCAUCGCCCACGACAACGGCGCCGGAGAGACCACGCUGACGUUUCUCGACGCUGAAAACCCCGCCGUCCAGAAGUACUCGCAGGUCGGCAUUCCGGGGCCGUGGUCCGAGGGGCCCGGCAUUGUCUCCCGGCCCGACAAGCACUCCGUCGUCUCCGCCAGCAACGAAUGUGGGCGCGUUCCCGUCGACGUGAUUCGCUCGACCACGGGGCCGCCGCCGCGAGAGCUGGGUCGCAUUGGCGUCGAUCUAGUCAGCGGCGCCAGCUGCGGCUCCAUGCCCGACCGGGUUGCGGCCAUCUACGAGGGGUACGGCAUGCAGGUCCCCGGCCUCCCGGCUGCCGUUGUCGUGGACGGCCUCCGGCUGCAGAUCCAGAGUCUCGCCGUGUACACGGACCUCACCCACAACGCAAUCCAGGUUCCCCCGUCCGUCUACUACGCUGUUCCGUACGGUGCGUCCUUGCACGAGGGCGACGCCGUGCUGGGGGCCUCGGGUCUGCCGGGGGCUUUUCGGCUCGACAACAACACCCUCUGGCCAGUCAGCUGUCUUAAAAUCGUCACCGACAACCACUCCCAAAUCACAAUGAUAGACCCGGGAGCGUGGCAAUCGUAUAGGAAAGGGCCGAGCCUGUUUUGCCUCGGCUGA